UAUAAAAAUAAGUCCGGUUUUCCUCCCUGACGCUAUAACUCCAGAACGCACGAACCGAUUUCCACGGUUUUGCAUUCGUUGGAAAGGUCUUGGGCUCCGUGAGGUUUAUAGCAAAGAAAAUUCUGGAAAAUUCAGGAAAAAUUCAACAGAAAAGUGGGGAAAUCGUUUUUCACAUACAGCGCCAUCUAUUAUACAUAGCAUGUACUUCAAACCAAUAGCAACGGUGCGUGAUAAAGUGUGUGACAGAUAUCAUUAUUCUCUGUUCAGUUAAUUUCAUUUAUUGUAAAUUAUAUGGAUCGUGCAUUUGAAGUUAAAUUCAACACUAUGUCCAUAGUCCAAAAUGCCUAGAGAACGACGUGCGAACAUCGGCCGCCGCACAAGACAUGCAAGCCAGCAACAAGUCUAUUCAAGGAACUUAAGAGAAGAAAGACAAAAUAUAAUAAGAGAAAAUGACCGAUUGAGACAUCGCGUGAGCACACGAAGAUCAUUGGCAUCAUACAAUCGCUUGGCAUUCCAAUAUGAUCCCACUGCGAACUACAGUGAUGAUGAAAAUUUGGAUAUUGGACGAAUGACGACUAUAUGCCGAUAUUGCAAUGCGGUAAAGUUCAAAAGAGAAACGGUUGGAUUGUGCUGCGCAAGUGGAAAAGUCAAACUGGAUCCAUUACUUACACCACCACAGCCACUGAAAACAUUGUUUGAUGGAAGUGAUCCCGAUUCCAGCCAUUUUCUUCAACACAUCCUUGAAUACAAUAACUGCUUUCGCAUGACUUCCUUUGGAGCUAAUAUCAUUCGAGAAGGCGGCUUCAUGCCGACUUGCAAGAUACAAGGUCAAAUAUAUCAUUUGCAUGGUUCAAUGGUGCCAACACCAGAUGAACCGCAUCAAUUUCUGCAAAUAUAUUUCAUUUCGUCGAUGGUGGAUCAGCUGAACGUGCGGUGCAAUAUACAGGGAGCACAACAGUUAAAGAGACGAAUUAUUGAACAGUUGCAAGCAUUUUUUCACGCUAAUAAUGCUGUGGUUAAUAUGUUCAAAACAGCAUUGGAACGAAUGCCAUCGGAUACGCACAAAUUUGUCAUAAGAGCGGAUUGUACUCCGACAGGUGAACAUGUGCGAAGAUUCAAUGCACCCACCGUUAAUGAUGUUGCUGCAAUUAUUGUUGGCGAUCCAACUAAAUCACGAGACAUUGUCGUUCAGCGAAGAAGCAAUAUCAUGCAUCGUGUAAACGAGACACAUCGUUUGUACGAUGCGUUACAAUAUCCAAUCAUUUAUUGGCAAGGGCAAGACGGAUACGACAUCACGUUGAAGAUGGUCGAUCCAAUUACAGGAGUAUCAACGAAUAAUAAAAAUCUAAGCGCAAUGAAUUACUAUGCGUAUCGUAUGAUGAUUCGUACACAUGAGGAGAAUGUCAUUCUGAAGUGCGGUCGGCUAUUCCAGCAAUUCGCUGUUGACAUGUAUGUCAAAGUCGAGACCGAACGUUUAGCGUUCAUCAGAUUCAAUCAGCCAAAGCUACGAUCUGAGGACUAUAUACACUUGCGUGAUGCUAUUCAGUCAGAUGGUGAUGUUCAGAAUAUUGGACGACUGACGAUUCUCCCAUCAACUUAUAUCGGAAGCCCACGCCACAUGCACGAAUACGCUCAAGACGCUAUGACGUACGUGCGAAAUUAUGGAACUCCGGAUUUAUUUAUUACGGUCACAUGCAAUCCGAAGUGGACGGAAAUUGAACGCGAGUUGGAACCGGGUCAAAAACCGCAAGAUCGCCAUGACAUAAUCGCCAGAGUAUUUCAGCAAAAACUCAAGGUUAUGAUGGAUGUGCUUACUAAGUAUCGAGUUUUUGGUGACACACGUUGUUAUAUGUACUCGGUGGAAUGGCAGAAGCGUGGACUACCGCAUGCUCAUAUCCUAAUUUGGUUGCUGAACAAAUUACAUUCAAAUGAAGUGGAUGACAUCAUAUCAGCUGAAAUUCCUGAUCCAGUCACUGAUCCCCGUCUACACGACAUUGUGACGACACAGAUGGUGCAUGGACCGUGCGGUGCAUUAAAUCCAUUAUCGCCUUGCAUGGCUGAUGGAAAGUGCACAAAACGAUAUCCGCGACCGUUAGUUGCUGAAACAGUCACAGGGAACGAUGGAUAUCCAGUUUAUCGUCGGCGUUCAAAAGAAGAUAACGGUCGAACUAUCAAAGUUAAAGUUCAAAAUCAAGAGAUUGAGAUCGGAAAUGAAUUCAUUGUACCAUAUUGCCCGCUGCUAUCACGAAUUUUCGAAACACAUGCAAACGUUGAGAGUUGUCAUUCGGCCAAAUCAAUCAAAUAUUUGUGCAAGUACGUCACAAAAGGCAGCGACAUGGCUGUGUUUGGUAUUGCGUCGGAAAAUGUGAAUGACGAAAUCAGCAACUUCCAAAUGGGCAGAUACGUCAGUACUAAUGAAGCACUGUGGCGAUUAUUGUCAUUUCAAAUUCAUGAAAGAUAUCCCACAGUUGUACAUUUAGCAGUGCAUUUGGAAAAUGGCUAAAGAGUUUACUUCACUGAGGCUAAUGCGGCACAACGAGCUGAGAGACCACCAUCGACAACAUUGACUAGCUUCUUUGCAAUGUGUGAAGCAGAUCCAUUCGCAGCGACGCUGAUGUACGUUGAAAUGCCCAAGUAUUACACUUGGAAUCAAUCAACAAAGAAAUUCCAACGUCGCAAACAAGGAACCCCAGUUCCAGACUGGCCACAGGUGUUUUCAACUGAUGCACUAGGUCGUAUGUACACUGUUCAUCCUAGAAACGAUGAAUGUUUUUAUUUGCGACUGCUGUUAGUAAAUGUACGUGGACCGAAAUCAUUUGCGCAUUUGAAAACUGUGAAUGGC